AUGCACAUCUUCGACAUUCCACCUGAGCUCCUACACAAAAUACUGUUCUUCGCCACGCUCUCUUGCGGCGUCACGAGAGCGUUGAGACUGAAGCUCGUGUGCAGAACGUUCUACGAAACCGUCCCGCCCGCGCUGUUUGAGACACGUCUACUCGAUGACUUUGCUGAGGGUGGGCGCUGCGGGCGCCCCUUAUGGCUACAGGACUGGCGCGUGCGACAACUCCAUGGCGCUGAGAAAACCUGGCAUCCUUACCUAGCAUAUCGCGUUCGCAAUGAGAACGACCCGACUGUGGGCCGCUUCGUCGAGAUCCGGCGAAUCGCUGAGGAGCUGUGCAUAGAGACGGACUCCGAUAUCGACACCACGGUCGACGCACUCUGCUGGCAGGCGCUUGAAUAUGAAUCCUUCCAGCCUAGCCUACGGAAAGCUGAGUAUCACGGUUAUGUCCCAAACCACAAGCUGAAUCUCCUGAGCGCAGCGGCCUACUUGGGGCACAUCUCUCUUGCGGAACGCUUACUACUAACCGAACCCAACCUCUGUCCCGACGAGCACAAUCUCCUCUUUCCGUCGCCCAUGCGCCUGGCCGCCUUGGCCGGUAAUUUGGACAUGUGCGAGCUAUUCCGCGAGCACGAGAACUCUCCAAAAGCCGAAGAGAAUGGCGAGAAAAUGUGGAAGACAGAACGAAUGUGGGAGGCGGUAAGGGGCUACGCGGAAAGCGGAAACCUAAACCAAAUCCGUCAAGUGAUCAAACAGCCAGGAACGACAUUCAAGCCGCCGUUGAACACAAUAUAUCUCACCAGAUCCCAACAAGUGUACCAGUACCUCGUCGAGAACUCCGAGAAGCCGGUUCUGCCCCCGCGCGAUCUCACUACCCAUCUAGCGCAGCACGCCGAGUACGGAAACGUGGAAAUGGUGCGGUACCUGCUAGAUGCCGGAGCCGACAUCAACGGGUUAAUGCGCUCCGAUGGAUAUCCCCUCGUCAACGCGGCGGGCGAGUGCCACGACGACGUGGUGGAUCUUCUAAUCGAGCGGGGAGUCGACAUCAACAGCGGGGAAGACCACCAGCGCGGCUCGGCGCUGUGUGCGGCGGCCGCGGCGGGAAGUCUGAUCAUGGUGCGCAAGCUUCUCGACCACGGCAUCCGCGUCGGCGAGGGCCACACCUGGGCGAUGCGGCAUGCCGUGCGCCGGGAACACUAUGCUAUGGUAGAGUUGCUGCUCGAGAGGGAUGUGGCUGAUCGGGGCAAGAGGUCUUUCUUGGUGCAGCAUGCGUUGGAUGAGGGUUUGCAGUCUAUGGCUGAGUUUCUUCGCAGGUUGGGAUUGACUGAGGAGCGUAAUAAGGAUUGGCGGCAGCAGACUGAGCUGGCUCCACCGUAG